GCCCCGCGGCGGCUCGCGGCAGCCUGGGCUGGGGCCGGCCGUGCCCGCCGGCACGCGAGGGAGCAGCCUGGAGCCCGGCAUGGAGCCGCCGGCGGAGCUGCCUCCCGCCGCUAAGCCCGAGCAGGGGGGCCGCGAGCUCUUUGGCUACGUGGGCAUCGAGGCCGUGCUCGAGCAGAUGAAAAUCAAGACCAUGAAGACGGGCUUCGAGUUCAACAUCAUGGUCGUAGGGCAGAGCGGCCUGGGCAAGUCCACCAUGGUGAACACACUCUUCAAGUCCAAGGUGAGCCGCAAAGCCGCGCAGCCCGGCCACGAGGAGCGCAUCCCCAGGACCGUGCAGCUGCAGUCCGUCACCCACGUCAUCGAGGAGAAGGGCGUGAAGAUGAAGCUGACGGUGACGGACACGCCGGGAUUCGGCGAUCAGAUCAACAACGACAACUGCUGGGACCCCAUCAUCAAAUACAUCAACGAGCAGUAUGAGAGGUACCUGCGUGAGGAGAUCCUCAUCACGCGCAAGAGGAAGAUCCCGGACACCAGGGUGCACGGCUGUGUGUACUUCGUCCCCCCCACGGGCCACUGGCUGCGGCCCCUCGACCUGGAGUUCAUGCGGCGCCUCAGCAAGAUCGUCAACGUGGUGCCCGUGAUCGCCAAGGCCGACACGCUCACCCUGGAGGAGCGGGCCGAGUUCAAGCAGCGGAUCCAGAAGGACCUGAAGGCCCACGCCAUCAGCGUGUACCCGCAGGAGGACUUUGAUGAGGACCCGGACGACAGGUCUCUCAACGACAGGAUUCGGGAGAAGAUCCCGUUCGCUGUGGUGGGGGCGGACCAGGAGCACCAGGUGAACGGCAAGCGGGUGCUGGGCCGCAAGACCAAGUGGGGCAUCAUCGAAGUGGAGAACCCGGCGCACUGCGAGUUCCCCAUGCUGCGGGACCUGCUCAUCCGGUCCCACCUGCAGGAUCUCAAGGACAUCACCCACAACGUGCAUUACGAGAGCUACCGCGUGCGGCGGCUGAACGAGAGCAACCGCCUGGCGCUGAGCCCCGGCAACGGGCUGCGGGGCAAGGACGAGGACGAGAGCAGCCUCUGAGCACCACCACGGAGGGCGGGCGGCGGCGGGCAGCAGGGCCCCGUCCCCCUCCCGGCACCCCCCUGCUCCCCGCCUGCCCCGCGUGGCCUCAGCCCCCUGCCCGCCUGCCCCGCCAGUGACUGCCGUGCUGCAGCAGCCUCCCCUCUGCCCCGGACUCCUGGGCCCCCAGGAGCUGGGGGAGCCUGGGGGGUGCAGGCAAGCGAGAAAUGGGGCCCUUUCCUCCAGGUGCUGGGGGGGAGCUCCGUCCCCCAGGCGGCCCCGGCCUCGGGGCCCGAGCUUCACUGUGGGUCCACGCUCCCCAGGAGCCUGCUCACGCAUUAAAGGUCAACCUGGAGCCUUCA